AUAUUACUUUUACAGAACACGUUUACGUUACUUUUUAUUCCGUAGAUAAUCACAAAUUCUGCGUUUUACCAAAGGUUUGCAUUUGAAUCUCUCGUAUAAUGAUCGCAGAAAAUCAUGCAAACGCAAAACAUGAAGAAUAUCAGUAUCUUGAUUUGAUUAAGAAAAUUAUUGACAGCGGUGACAAAAGAGUUGAAAGAACUGGAGUUGGAACAUUAUCCAUAUUUGGAGCCAUACAGAGAUACUCUCUGGAUAAUAAUACUUUACCACUUCUUACAACCAAAAGAAUAUUCUUGAAGGGUGUUAUUCAUGAGCUGUUAUGGAUGAUAUCUGGUUCUACUGAUGCGAAAAAACUUGCGGCUGCAGGAGUACAUAUAUGGGAUGCCAACGGUUCACGAUCUUUUCUUGAUAAUCUAGGAUUUGUUGACAGAGAUGAAGGAGAUUUAGGUCCAGUCUAUGGAUUUCAAUGGCGACACAGUGGAGCACAAUAUAUAAAUGCUAAAACUGACUAUUCAGGUCAAGGAAUUGAUCAGAUUCAAAAUGUUAUAGAAACUUUGAAAAAAAAUCCAGCAGAUCGAAGGAUGAUAAUAUGUGCUUGGAAUCCAUCUGAUUUGAGUAAAAUGGCACUUCCUCCAUGCCAUUGCUUGGCCCAAUUCUAUGUUGCCAGUAAAAAAUUAUCAUGUUUAUUAUAUCAAAGAAGUGCUGAUAUGGGACUAGGUGUACCAUUUAACAUAGCCAGUUACAGCCUACUUACACAUAUGAUUGCACACCUUACUGGUUUACAGGCUGGAGAGUUUAUUCAUACCACAGGUGACACUCAUGUGUACUUGAACCAUAUCGAACCUCUGACUGUUCAACUACAAAGAGAACCCACACCAUUCCCAAAACUUAGAUUUGCUCGUGAUGUACAAUCAAUUGAUGAUUUUAAGUUUGAAGAUUUCAUAAUAGAAGGAUAUAAACCACAUCCCAAAAUAGAUAUGGAAAUGGCAGUUUAACCUAAGAGAGUAAAGAGAACUUUUGCCCUGUUAAUUUCCUUUCAAUUGAGAAUUUCCAAUCCCCAAAUUGGUAAAUGCAAUUGUUUGAACAUGAAAAAAUCUAUUGUUAUAAAAGUAUUUCGUCACAGUAAUAUAAGACUAGAAUAUUCCAUUGAUCCAAUGAUCUCUAUCAUUUGCGUAAUUUAAUCUACUUCAUGGCGCCCUACAGUGGUGACUACUCGCUGGAUGUCAAAAGUUUUAAUGUUUUAUGAAUUCAUGUUAAAUUGACUUGACAUUUUAAAAGGAGAUUCUAAAGACGCGUGGCGUUGACAGACUAACGUCAGCUCAUCAGCGCUACAAUGACUAAUAAAUCUAUUAGUCUAAAAACUAAUAAAUCAGGGACUAAAUGAAUCUAGAAUUCAUUUCAAAAUCAAAGAUGGUAGUGCCGCCAGUAUGACUCACCAUACCUAUAUUCCGUACUUAUAUGGAAACCGUUAGGGAUCGUCCAUUAAACAUGUCAAGAUGCAUUUACCAAAUUUUGUUAUUAUGUUUUAGACUAUUUUUUAAGAACAUGUUUUAAUACUAUUAAAUACACAUAAACGUCCAAAGUUUAAAUGUAUGUAAUCUAAAAAAAAAUCUAAAUGGUUUUCAUCCUCAUUUAUUUACAAUUAAACGAAAUAAACCCAAAUGGCAAUUGAAUUAAAAAGAAAUAACUACACAAUUUAAAUUAUAAUAUUCAAAAACCACUACAUAUUCAUUAGGUGCUACAUUUUUGUAAAAUUUUAACAAUAUUUAACAAAUUGUUUUUAUCAUAAUUAUGGCUAUUCAACAUUAUAAAAAUUUGUAGUGUGACGAAUUUUGUACGUAGUUCAAUCUAGUUCAAAUAAGUCUUAUAAGUACGCAAUUCAUAGACGCGUGUAAUCUUAAAUACAAAUCGUCACAGUUUGUCCACAUGUUUAUGGUACACUUGUCAGUGCAUACAAAGCUUCUACACAUAGAAGUCAUUUCAUGCACAUAUUAAAAAUUGGGAUUAUUUAAAUUACUGUUAUCAACCAUGGACGCUUUGUCACGGCGAAGUUUGUCAUUGUGAUUUAUGCCCCAUGUGAACAAACUAUUUUUUAUUUAUUUUCAGAUUUAAUCAGCUUUGAAUAAUUUAAUAUCCUCAUUAUAAACUAUAUAACGAACAUUUCAUCUUAAAUUAUUAUUUAACUUAUUUUAAGGAUCAGCUUCAGUAUAAACGGUCGCCGAACUAAAGAAUUUUGUACAAGAAUAAAAUAAAAACAAAUUCAUUCAACAGCAUUUCAUAUCACUUCACUCGUGCGCAAUAUUGCUAUUGUAAUCUAGACAAUUUAAUCAUAGCAAAGUGAACCUAAUUUUUUAGUUUCUAUAAGUAGGCACAAUGGUCAUCAUACGAAAUUCUUUUGAUCGGCGACCAAGCUGUAGUAUGUAUUUAAAUAGUUAAAUGUACCCUUUCAUAUUCAGUUGGACAUGAUAGAAGUUAUUUUGAAAAUUGAUAGAAAAGAAAAUACCUGGAAUUAUUUUUAUAAAAAAUAACAAAGGAAUAUUAUUCUUAGAUUAAAUGAAUAGACAGAUGUAUAAAUUUCAUUAACGUUAAGCAUCUUCUGAAAAUUCAAAUAUUGCUUCUAGAAUUAAAAACAUUUACUGCUCAUUAAUAACAACCAUGAUACCAGUAUUAACUUUAUUAUAAGCUACCAUUGUUAUCUUGCUUGUAUGUUUAUAGAUAUGUACGUAGAUACAAAAAUAAUAAAUAAUGUGUGGGUUUGAAAAAUCUGCUUAUUAUAAUAAAUCCAAAUGGAUAUUAAUUUAUCCGUUUUUUUUUUCCUUUUUACAUGUUUUGAUAAUAGCACAGUAUUACAGUAGUUGUUCAAACAUAUAUUUUUUUGAUUAAUUUUGCAUUUACAAUGUUAUAUUGAUAUUAUACUUUAUGUAUGUAUUAUAUAAUUGUCUAUUUUAGCAAACAUAUUUUCAAACAUUUUAGUUUACCACAUUUUACAGUACAACUGGCGCCAUCUAGAUCAUUAGAUUUGAGCAUCAGC